CUGGGAGGAUUUUAUUAAAGAGAAAAAUAAAACAAAGUGUGCGCACAGCGGAGAUUCAACAUUCACUCCUGCUGUAAACGAGCGAGGAAACUGUGGACAGAUGAGAGAAAGUGAAUUGGGAGCGUUUGGAGUCGCUUUUGUUGGACACUCUGCCCUCUGGCACCGCUGCUGCUAACAGCGGCUCUUUGUGCUGCAGGCUGCCGCUUUUUCCUUCAGGGAGAAAGGCUCCAAGAUAGAUUCCCUCAGGAGUAAAGUGGAUCUGCUGCGCCUCCCUCUGGCCCUCUCUACCAAGUCCAUCAGCAACUGCAAGAGCCAGUUGGGAGUGGUCUGGGACAAGGGCGGUUUGGGGACAGGAGUGGCCCGGAAACUCCGCCCACCGCCGAUCACUGACAUGGACAACGAGUCAACGUACUCGGGAUACUCUUACAAGUCAUCCCACUCGAGGAGUUCCCGCAAACACAGGGAGAGAAGGGACAGGCAUCGCUCUAAGAAUCGCGAUGGCAGCAUCCGUGGAGAGAAAUCUGUGGUCAUCCAGGCUCCGGGGGAGUCGCUGCUGGACGCAGAUUCCCCCAGAGAGGACGACAGGGAUGACAACUGGGGUGAAACGACCACGGUGGUCACCGGCACCUCUGUGGACAGCAUCUCAAACGAGGACCUGACGCAGCUAUCUAAGGACUCAGGCGACUCUUCAGCGCUGGAGUGCCGGCGUUACAUCAGCCCAGCGCUGGGUGUCAUUCUGGGGUUCGUCUCUCUGAUCACUCCACUGGCCUUCUUGGCCCUCCCACAGCUCUUGUGGCGGGACUCACUGGACCCUUGCGGCACGCCGUGUGAAGGCCUUUACAUUUCACUCGCCUUCAAGCUCCUGAUCCUCCUCAUCUCCACGUGGGCGCUGUUUCUCCGCCCGCCCAGAGCCGCUCUGCCACGCUUCUUUGUGUUUCGCUGUCUGCUGCUUGCGCUGGUCUUUCUCUUCGUGGCGUCCUAUUGGCUCUUCUAUGGGGUGCGAGUGCUGGAGCCCAGAGAGACAGACUACAGGGGGAUUGUGGGCUAUGCGGCAUCUUUGGUGGACGCGUUGUUGUUCAUUCAGUACCUAGCCCUGGUGCUGCUGGAGGUCAGACACCUGCAGCCUGCUUUCUCUCUGAAGGUUGUGAGGAGCACAGAUGGAGUCAGCCGCUUCUACAAUGUGGGACAUCUCAGCAUUCAGAGGGCCGCAGCGUGGGUUCUCGAUCAGUACUACAGCGACUUUCCGGUUUAUAACCCUGCGUUGCUUAACCUCCCCAAGUCCAUCCUCACCAAGAAAAUGUCUGCUUUCAAAGUCUACAACCUGGGGGAAGACAACAGCACCAACAACUCCACAGGCCAGUCCAGAGCCAUGAUUGCAGCGGCCGCUCGGAGAAGAGACAACUCCCACAACGAGUACUACUAUGAGGAGGCCGAGGUGGAGCGGAAGGUCCGCAAAAGAAAAGCCAGGCUGGUGGUGGCAGUAGAAGAAGCUUUUACCCACAUCAAACGUCAUCAGCAGGAAGAUGCAGUCACUUCCUCUCCCAAACACCCGCGGGAGGUGAUGGACCCCAGGGAGGCAGCUCAGGCCAUAUUUGCCCCCAUGGCACGGGCCAUGCAGAAGUACCUUCGUGCAACCAGGCAGCAGACUUACCACAGCAUGGAGAGCAUCAUCAACCACCUGCAGUUCUGCAUUACCCACAACAUGACACCAAAGGCUUUCCUAGAGCGUUACCUCGUCCCGGGCCCCACCCUGCAAUACCUGGACAGCAACAGGGGGCGCCAGUGGACACUAGUGAGCGAGGAGCCAGUGACCGCCUCUCUGCGUCAAGGCCACGUCUUCAGCCUGAGGCGCCUCGACCUUUCUCUGAUUGUGACAGUAACGCCGCUUCCUUUCUUGCACAUAGCCGAAGAGUUCAUUGACCCCAAAAGCCACAAGUUUGUCAUGAAGCUUCAGUCAGAGACGUCUGUGUAGGAGGGGAGAGGCACCGGGCAAGGCAGAGGAGGGGCAGGAUGUCGCAUCAUAUGUACUAAUAACUGAGGGCUAAUUUUGGGGGGGAUUUUUUAUGUAUAUUUUGUUUUUUCUUUAUUUACUUUGCAGUAUUAAAAACCUGAUUGUCAUGACUGUUUUUCAGAGUGUGAGACAGGAAGGUCUUUACUGACAUGAAUAUAGGAAAAACACCAAGGCUACAAAAACAGCAGGUCGCUGACCAUCUUCCGUUUACUUGCUUGUAAAACUGCUGACUGUUAACUUCGCUAAGUGAUUCUACUUCCUGUUGUUGCAUUUUGUUUGCUCUUUAAAUUUGAUUUUUGAUAAAUGUGUUAUUACUGCACCAUUUACCUAAGAUCCACCCAUGAUAGAUCCAUGUAAUAUACUGAUUGGCUGUGGAAAAUAUUCAAUUGUUUUUACUGUUCAAAAUGACCUUUUCCUAUGCAAUCAGACCUGAAUGGCUUUACUUUACUUUAUCUUUCUCAGACUUUAGCUCAGUUCUCUUUUCUUUUUUUAGCAUCUUCUUUUUUCCUUUUUUUAGUUCCUGACAGACUGACUAUGAAAAUAAAUGAACAGAGAACUUUACUAAAAGUUUGCCUGACAUUUAUAGACAGCUUUCAUAGCCUAAAUGUGGAGACAUGAAACCAUCUUUGAACUAUUUCUUCUUAUAUUUUUUAUUCCACUGAAUGAAGGUGAAAUGCUAACUUUGCAAUAAAUAUGAAAUUUUAAGCAAGUUGGGAAGGACAAUUUGACUGUUUCAGAAACACGUUUUGUGUUGUUUAUGUGGUUUGGUCACUCAGUGAGAGGUCCAUCAAUAGAAAUGUCUGACAUGAUAGAGGAAAAAAGCUAAAUUAAGAGCAGGGCCUGGAGCCUGUCCCAGCUAUCAUAGCUCAAGAGGUAACUGGGCUAACAAAGACAAGCAGACAACCACAUUUACCAGUUGAACUCUGCACAGAUGGUUGUUUUGAACCCAGAACCUUCUUGCUGUGAGGCAACAGUGCUAACCGCCGCACUAUGCACUUCCCACUUUAUAAAGUUUUUCCCUAUAAGCAAAAAUGCUACAUUCAAUAAUUUACAUUGGCCUCAUGAAUACAUUUAUUCUUUACAGCCUAUUUUAAUUGGAUUAAUAAUAGCGAUGCAUUAAUGGUAAAGUCGGGCCUUUACUAGCAGCGGGCCUGUAAGGGAACAGCUGAUAUUGGGCUCUUUUUUGAAACCCAGAAGCUCUUAAGCUAAAAAUCUCCUGCAAGUAUUUCAAAUUAAGAUCCUUAAAGAGUUUCAGUGCAUAGGUACCCUUCAUCACUGCAAGCAUUUACACAUACUAUAUGUACAAAUAGCUGGACGAGAUUAAAGGAUGAAAAUGAAACCCAGUGUUAAAAAGAGCACAAUUGUAUUGUUACAUUUCUGAAACUGAAGCAGUAGAAAUGCACACUAUGCUUAGGUGGUGCAGACAUUACACCAGCAGCAGCCGGAGUUUAUCUAGCCCUGUGCUAUGUCUGUAUAUGGGGGUCAACUUUCAUUGGUUAUGAGUAGAUGAAUCUAUACACUAACUAGAGCCUGGUUGUCUUGAGUAAUAACAUGAUUUUGAAUUAAAUGAUGGAUAUGAUUAUGUGUCUUUUGUCAUUCAAAUAUGUCUCUUUUUUUUACACUGCAGAUAGCCAAGUCACUGUUGAACAGUUUACAUUACAUUUGAGUGUUUCCCUUUUUUAAAAUGUAAUUUCAUUUUUUAUCAGUUGUGUUUUGCUGUCACUUUGUUGUGCUGAAAUUAAUCUCUAACACUUGUCUCUACGCACCACAGUCUUUUAAGUAAAUACUAUUUAGUCUUAAAAAAAAAGUAUUAAAUGAUGUCAGUCAA